CCCUCACGAGCCGGCGUCCAUGCGCGGCCCCGCGGCCCCGUCCUGCGCUGACAGAGCCGAGACAGUUUCACUCCGCUUCGCCUCUCCGAGCGACAACAAACACGAAGAUGGCGGCCCGGACUAUGCAAGCGGCGCGAUGCCCGACAGACGACCUGUCGCUGACCAACUGCGCCGUGGCGAACGAGAAGGACCUGGAGUCUGGGCAGCAUGUGACUGUGAAGACCACCCCGACGCACAAGUACGUCUUCACUGUGAAAACCCAUCACUCCGUGGUCCCCGGCACCAUUGCUUUCAGCCUGCCGCAGAGGAAGUGGGCCGGCCUCUCCAUCGGGCAGGAGGUGGAAGUGCUCUCCUACAUCUUUGACAAGUCAAAGCAGUGCAUUGGCACCAUGACCAUCGAGAUAGACUUCUUGCAGAAGAAGAAUGUUGACAACAGCCCCUAUGAUUCGGACAAGAUGGCCGGGGAGUUCAUCCAGCAGUUCAACAACCAGGCCUUCACCGUGGGACAGCAGCUGGUGUUCAGCUUCUGCGACAAGCUGUUCGGCCUGCUGGUGAAGGACAUCGAAGCCAUGGACCCCAGCAUCCUCAAGGGGGAGCCAGCGUCAGGGAAGAAGCACAAGAUUGAGAUUGGUCUGGUGAUUGGGAACAGUCAGGUGAUUUUUGAGAAAGCGGAGAGCUCUUCCCUCACUCUUGUGGGCAAAGCCAAAACCAAGCAGGGCCGUCAGUCCAUCAUUAACCCUGACUGGAACUUCGAGCGCAUGGGGAUCGGUGGCCUGGACAAGGAGUUCUCCGACAUCUUCAGGAGAGCCUUCGCCUCCAGGGUCUUCCCCACCGAGAUCGUGGAGCAGAUGGGCUGUAAGCACGUGAAGGGCAUCCUGCUGUACGGACCCCCAGGCUGCGGUAAGACCCUGAUGGCCCGACAGAUCGGGAAGAUGCUGAACGCCCGGGAGCCGAAAGUGGUCAACGGCCCGGAGAUCCUGAACAAAUACGUGGGCGAGUCCGAGGCCAACAUCCGCAAGCUCUUCGCCGACGCGGAGGAGGAGCAGAAGAGGCUGGGUGCCAACAGCGGGCUGCACAUCAUCAUCUUUGAUGAGAUCGAUGCCAUCUGCAAGCAGAGGGGCAGCAUGGCGGGCAGUACGGGGGUCCAUGACACGGUGGUUAACCAGCUGCUGUCCAAGAUCGAUGGCGUGGAGCAGCUCAACAACAUCCUGGUCAUAGGAAUGACCAACAGACCUGACCUGAUCGACGAGGCUCUGCUGCGACCUGGCAGGCUGGAGGUGAAAAUGGAAAUCGGGCUGCCGGAUGAGAAGGGCCGAUUGCAGAUCCUGAACAUCCACACGUCCAAAAUGAGGGAGUUCCACCUGCUGGCGCCGGACGUCGACGUCCAGGAGCUGGCUGUGGAGACGAAGAACUACAGCGGUGCUGAGCUGGAGGGGCUGGUGAGGGCUGCCCAGUCCACUGCCAUGAACCGGCACAUCAAGGCUACUAACAAGGUGGAGGUGGACAUGGAGAAGGCCGAGAAGCUGCAGGUGAAGCGCAGUGAUUUCCUAGCCUCCCUGGACAAUGACAUCAAGCCUGCCUUUGGCACGAACCAGGAGGACUACGCCAGCUACAUCAUGAACGGCAUCAUCAAGUGGGGCGACCCAGUGACCCGGAUAAUGGAUGAUGGAGAGCUGCUGGUCCAGCAGACCAAGAACAGUGACCGCACUCCCCUGGUCAGCGUGCUGCUGGAGGGACCCCCCCACAGCGGCAAGACGGCCCUAGCCGCCAAGAUCGCCGAGGAGUCCCAGUUCCCCUUCAUCAAGAUCUGCUCCCCAGACAAGAUGAUUGGCUUCUCAGAGAUCGCCAAGUGUCAGGCCAUCAAGAAGGUGUUUGAUGAUGCCUAUAAGUCCCAGCUCAGCUGUGUGGUGGUGGAUGAUAUUGAGCGUCUGCUAGACUAUGUUCCUAUUGGGCCACGCUUUUCCAACCUGGUCCUGCAAGCACUGCUGGUGUUGCUGAAGAAGGCUCCUCCUCAUGGCCGCAAGCUACUGAUCAUCGGCACAACUAGCCGCAAGGAUGUCCUGCAGGAGAUGGAAAUGCUGGACGCCUUCAGCACCACCAUCCACAUCCCCAACAUCUCGUCUGGGGAGUAUCUCAUCGAGGCUCUGGAGCUCCUGGGCAACUUCAAGGACAAGGAGCGGGCCACCAUCGCCCAGCAGGUGAAGGGCAAGAGGGUAUGGAUCGGCAUCAAGAAACUGCUGAUGCUUAUCGAGAUGUCUCUGCAGAUGGAUGCGGAGUACAGGGUCAGCAAGUUCCUGGCUCUGCUGAGAGAGGAAGGAGCGUGUGACGACCCUAAUCACGUCCGAAUUUAACCCCCUUUCCUCGAUCUCUCCCCAGCUGAUGGGUUCACUUAUGGGACCGCAGUUUCGAUUAGGGCCGCCCGGCAGCAUCCCGCAGGCUGGGACUGAGAGGAGAAGGAGACAAGUCUGCCGCCCGGCCUCCUUCAUAUCACCCACCCCAGCGGGCGAGAGACAGAAGAAACACGCCGCCGCCGUCCCUCCCUCCCCAGCUGCCUCUGUAUCUCCACUCUGCAUGUGUGUAAUGGCAACUGGGAGCCCUCCCUCCCGAGAUCGCAUCUUAUCGGAGCUAACUGAAAUAAUGUUCCACUUGUCUUGUGAAGAAAGCUGUUUCGAUAGCAGUUCUGUGCUUUGUGCUCUGUGCCCAUGAGCUUUUCGUUCUUACUCUUAUGCGUUUUAUAUAUAUACACUAUAAAAUAUCUAAAUAUAAACAGAUGAUUAUGCCUACAUGUAUGUGUAUAGUAUAUGUAUAAAGUUAGCGUGUAUAUGCAUACAUUUGCUGUUUUAUUUAUAUAUUUUUGUAUCUUAUAUAUAUAUAAAAUGCAUAGACUACAAUCAUUCCAUUAAAAGUAGUUCUCCAUGUGUUGACUUGUUUUAUUUCUUUGCCUUGGAAAUGUAGGCGUCUGACCUAAUUUAUUUGAAACUUAUUAAUAGUAAUAAUGUUCUUGUAAUAUACCUUUCUGUAGUCCAUGUGAUUGUCAGAGUGGGAUUAUUGUACAAUUACCAUCUUCUAAGCAAGCACAGACUAUAUGUAUAUAUAAUGAGACUAAUUAAAUCCGUUUUAGGUACCUGAAUGGUACAGAAACCCCAUGUGUGUGAAAGUGGGUGUGUGUGCGCAUUAAAAAGCAGCAUGGUUCAGUGGAUUAAAGUAACUGCAGAGAAGUUAUGUUAUGUAAGGAAAGAGAGUUCUAGAUUGGACCAGUAAGGGGCAGUAUAGACACCUAGGGACAGGAGUGUCAGUACAUGACAAAACCUAGUUCUCAGUGAAUGCCUGUUCCUAACAGCAUGCCGGAUAUCCUAGUCUGUAUUUCUGUGCUCGGUUGUGUUCUGGGUAGUGUGGUCUUUGUUAAUGGCUGUUUACUAAUCCAUCCAUCCUUAAGCUUUGUCAUCAGUGUGCUUUUUACAGCCCCCUCUGUUUUCAUGUUCGUUGAGAGCUAACACACUGACCCGGUGUUCUGUAGUUUCAUCUUCUCUCUCCCUUAUAGCGAAGAUGUCAGGGGCAGAUACUGUAUUCUGCUUCCCGAUAGCCGAGGAUCUCAGUGCCCAUCACCUCUUUGCAAACUGCAUGUGUCUGUUAGUUCAGGAGCAGGGAUCUCUGAUGCAUCGGGUCCCUGCUGCUUCCUUCUGUCCUUUUGUUUUCCGGCGGAGAAUGACCGAGUAAACUGGAGAAGGAUUGUGCUGGUUUCUGAUUCCUCCAGGAGCAAAGCUUCCUUUAGAGCUGCUAAAUGAAUUGCUCCCACUCUGGUCCCUCUCUCCAGAUAUGCCCUUCCUCCUUGGACGUGUCUAUGGUUUGGCGAAAUUGAUAGUGAGGUUCAAAACCUCCAUGCCUGGGGUGUAUUGAAAGAAUCAGUCUUGAUUUGGAAGGAAUUAUCUUUAAAUUUACAGAAAAAUAAAUUAUUUUCCAUCAGCCUUGGAAACAGGUGUUGUAGAAACACUAUCCCUUUAAAUGUAGGUGGUGUUGGCCUGGGUCUGAGCCCAGAGUUAGGAUAAGCGCAGUUUAUGGGUGCCAUGAAUAUUCUGAUUUACCAAACCAAAUGAAUUUAUUGUUGUUUUUUUUCCUAAGACACAAAGCUAGGGAGUAACAGAACACUACAGAAAAAGAAAAUAGGGACUGGGGUUUAUCUGUGUUUUUACUAAUCUGCUCAACCAAAGAGAAAGUGGAAGGUAGGGUUGGAGAGCCUGCCUUGGUGUUUGACGAACUGUCUUGGCGUAGCUUCAAGGAUGGGCGUAUGGGGAGGCUGCAGUUUGUUCAGUAUAAGUGAGUGUUUGAACGCUUGCUUUCUGCACUCUCCUCCAGUAUGACUGCGUCCGUGUGGGUUGUGUUCCUGGGCUUGUGUGAAUCUUAAACCUUCCGUCACGGGCAGAUGCAUCCGUGAGCCUUGUGCUGAAGUGCAGCACACUGAGACGUGGGAGUCCAGCUGGGAUCAAGGGCAUCCGCUAGUUUCAAAGUCCAGGCUCGGCCCUUGCCAGCAGAUCUUCACCAGGUAGAAGCCCGAGGCCUCUGUUAAAGAAAGUGCCUCCACAUCGCAGGUGGGCAGGAAUGUGCACUAGCUGUUGUGGCACACGGCUGCCAGUCAGCCCGUUCUGGUCCAUCCUCUAGCACGUGCUGCAUAAUGCAUAUGUCCCUGUGUGUGGGCGUACAUGGUUACAGAUUUACGGCAUGUUAUGUGAUCGGAAACCCAGUACUCUCUUACGUGUGUGUGUGUGCAUAAUUGUCACUGUGUUUUAACCCAACCCUUUAAUAUAGGCAACAACGGUUCUUGCACACCUACUGUGCAAUUUUUCUGUGUGUGAAUACAUAUACAUAUACAUGUACUGUAUAUAUAUGUGUGUGUGAGUUAUUGUUUUAGUUAAGACUGCGGAAGUUUAAAAAAAAGACUUGUACGAAUUUCUACCGUGAACGUGCUUGGUGUCCAAAGCUGUUACAACUAUGAAAUGUGUGGCCAGAUGCAACUGUAUUAUCGCAAUAAAAGCACAGAUACACAGAAA